AUGGAGAUAUCUAAUUCCCCCUCGGGUUCUCAAUCCACCAGCACCAAUCUAAUGACCCUCCCCUCUGAACUUCACAUCCAAAUAAGCACCUACCUUUCCUACCCAGAUGCCCUAGCUCUCAAGCACAGCAGCCGCCACUUCUACUCAAUGGUCUUCACUGGCGUCCGUCUAAAAGUUGACUGGCUCAUCGAGCGGUUUGAGCAUAAACUCGAAUGCCCCAUGGAGAAGUGCUCGUUUAGUACAGAUGAGUCUUUUUGUAAUGGGCAAGUCUGCGGCAUUAUGGAGCGCCGUCGGUGGCAUCUCGAGUGUCGCCGGGUUAGGGGUGGAUGUCUGCUUGUUAAUGGCCAGACCUGUCGGACGGAUUUUGUCCCCGGUUGGUUCAAGAUGAGGACACAGGGAAAAAGGACAGUUGUCAAAGUGAUGGAGAGCUGGGGGCAUGAAGGUUUGUUUCCUCUUUCGUUCUAUCAUCUUCCUGUCUGA